AUGUAUGCUGGACGUAAGAGGAGAAAACCAGUCCAGAGAGCGGUGAAGCAGGCACCCUCUGAAGGGGCCAAGUCCAACCCGUCCAAACGGCAUCGGGACCGUCUGAACGGGGAGCUGGAGCGCCUGGCCAGCCUGCUGCCGUUCCCCGAGGAGGUCACCGCCAGUCUGGACAAACUCUCCAUCCUCCGCCUGAGCGUCAGCUACCUGCGCGCCAAGAACUUCUUCACCGUGGCCCUGAACGGAGUGACUCCAGCCUCUGGAAAAGAUGAUGACAGCAAAACAGCAGGAGCGGUGGAGGCAAAGAUUCCUGAGGGUGAACUACUGCUGCAGGCUCUGAAUGGUUUCGUGAUGGUUCUCACUGCCGGUGGGACCAUCUUCUACUGCUCUCACACCAUCGCCGAUUACUUGGGCUUCCACCAGACGGAUGUGAUGCACCAGAGUGUGUACGAGCUGGUCCAUACGGAGGACCAGCAGGAGCUCAGGAGAAACCUCCACUGGGCUUUAAACCCUCCUGCCAUCACCAAGGACUCCCCCCAAGAGAUUGAACCAGACAGCAGCUCAGCCGUGGUCACCUACAACCCUGAGCAGCUUCCUCCAGAGAACUCGUCCUUCCUGGAGAGGACCUUUGUGUGUCGCUUUCGCUGCCUGCUGGACAACUCCUCCGGCUUUCUGGCUUUGAACAUCCAGGGCAGACUGAAGUUUCUGCAGGGACAGAACCAGCGGCAGGAAAACGGAGGAAAGGCCCCCCCUCAGCUCGCCCUCUUCACCAUUGCGACUCCUCUGCAGCCUCCAUCCAUCCUGGAGAUCAGGACCAAGAACAUGAUCUUCAGAACCAAACACAAGCUGGACUUCACUCCCAUGGCCUGUGAUGCUAAGGGGAAGAUAGUGCUGGGCUACACAGAGGCCGAGCUGCGGGUACGAGGAUCCGGCUAUCAGUUCAUCCAUGCAGCUGAUAUGUUGCACUGCGCAGAAAACCAUGUCAGAAUGAUGAAGACGGGAGAGAGUGGUCUGACAGUGUUCAGGCUCCUCACGAAGGAGAAUCUCUGGAAGUGGGUCCAGGCCAACGCCAGACUGGUGUACAAGAACGGCAAGCCGGACUACAUCAUCGCCACCCAGAGGCCUCUUCUGGAUGAAGAGGGUGGAGAACACCUGCGUAAGCGCUCCAUGCAUCUGCCCUUCACCUACGCUACAGGAGAGGCCCUGCUCUACCAGUCCAACCAUCCCAUCGCAGCCUUCAGAGACGGGAGCCAGGAGAAAAACUGUAGUAAGUCGAAGAAGAGCCGGACAGAAAGGCUGUUGAGAGACGGGCUGGACCCUGGCUCUCUUUUGGGGGCGCUCAUGAGUCAGGAUGAGUCUGUGUACGUUUGCCAGCCGGCCCUGGAGCCCAAAAUGUCUUUCCACAGCUUCUUUGGGGACCAAAUGGGCUUCUCCGACUCGGAACCCUCCAGUUUGCAAAGCAGAUGGGACGAGCCGAGCAACGGGGAUCUGGGUCCAGGCAACACAGAGCCAGGAACCAGCUUUGACCCCCUGCUGGCCACUCUGGACUCGCUCUCUCUGGAGGGCCAUGGGGUCGUGGAUUCAGAAGAGGCGGGCUGUUCGAACGGAGAUCUGUUUGGAGCUCUGGAAGGCCUCGGUCUGAGCGCUGAAGACCUGGAGCUGCUGCUGCUGGACGAGCGGAUGAUCCGAGUGGAGAUGGACCCCGAACGCGUGCCCACCUUGGACGACCUGCUGACGAACGAUGAGAUCCUCUCGUAUAUCUACGACUCCUUAGAGGGGAAGACCGAGUCCACUGAGCUCGGAGGACAGGCGCCUCCCAGUACUGCCUCGGCGACAGUCACAACCGUGUCGCUACCUGAAGGUAAUCCCGCUCCUCACGCUAACGGUCAAAUGCAGUAUUCUCCCCACAAGCCCCCUGUGGUGGGGCAGGCCCCCAUCCUGCAGCUGUCCCAACAGAUGCAGCAGCACCUCAACAUGCGUCCAGGUAAAGUAACGCACAACUGGGUGCAGCAGAGCAACCACAUGGCUAACAACACGGUAGUAAACGGAGACAUGAUGGGGCAAAAUCCACCAAUCAGAAAUGGACAAUGGACAGCCACAGACAUUCUAGUCAAUGCAGGGAUACAACACUAUAAAACCCAACAGACUAUUUUCAAUGGAAAGGCCACAGAGCUGCAGGGAGAGCUGCAUCAGCAUCCGCUCUUCCUCCAGCAGCAGCAGCAGCUCCAGCAGCCCAGGGUGCAGAACCAUCAGCAGUGCCACGUGCAACCCAAGCCCGCCAAUCUUAACGGCAUGUGUGGCCACUCCAGCAAGGCCCACUCGGCUGGAAAAUCCCAGUGGCAGGACUACAGGUUCAGCGAGGGUCUGGGCAGCACCUCCUGCCUCGAUAACGGACAAAAACCUCCGACUAACACCUCGCUGGACGCCUGCAUGGAUUAUAGUUUGCCUGAUAUGGACAAUGUGGAUUACGCUAUCAGUGGAAGCAGUUUGUUUGGGAGGAGCGGACAUCAGCACGGGGCCGAGUCCACGGUGCCAUCCUUCCAGGGGAUGAACCACAAGCGGCAGCAAGAGCAGAUCCCAGUUCCUCUGGCGCAGGUCAUCUCCAGCCUGUCGCAGUGCCCGCCCCCCAACGCCUCCCUGGAGCAGAUCCUCGGGGUGGGCAAGCCCUGCCGGCAACUGGACCCCUACGGCAUGGUGACCCCCGAGAUCCCUCAUGACCCCAGCCCCAACAAGAUGGAGAACGGCUGCAUCCUGAACAACACUUACCCAGCAGGCAUUGCUCUGCCCAAUAGAAACGGAGUGGCGCCCCCUGCUGUCCAGAUGCCCCCUGACACUCUGUCCGGCCUCCCCGACCCCCCCGCCACCGGCUUCUACCUCUGA